CGGUUGUUGGGUGACAGGACGAAGACUGGUGAUAAUGACACUAUCCACUUUCUGAAUUUGUUCAUAAUAGCGCAAUCGCAGCAAUGUGUAAACUCGAGUCUAAAUCACAGAGAAUAUCGAUGCGACGGGGGUGCUGCUGCGAAGCAUCUGUAGGCUGGCUGGCUGGCGGCAGCGUUGCCACUGGUUGGCUUGGGUGGUUUUUUUUCAGCGCUGGGAAAUUUGGCGCAAAACUGGCAGCGCUGGCAAAGUCCGGGGAGAGACUUGACUGUCUUCAGCGGGCCCGAAGCUCUCUUCUCUUUCCAUUCUCUUUUGCAUGCGCAACAACAAAUUUAUCGCAAUCCCCUUGUCCACCCCCACCCCCGAUGCGGAGGCAGUCUGGUGCCGAAUUGCGUGUUUUGGUGCUAUAGUCAUUCGGCUCGCUUCUUUUCGCUUAUCUGGCCCAGUGCAUGGUAAGUAAACGAGAGCUUCUUUCCCAUUUGCCUGCCCCGAUCUUCUGCCUCCCGAAACGCGCCCGCCUCUUCGCUGCCCCCUCCAUUUUGCCCUCCUGCUCGAUCGCAGGUUUCAUUAUUAC